AUGGCGCGGCGCGCGGCGACGGGCGCUAUCUGUCCGUUUGCGUCUCUUCGUUCGGCCCCUUCUCCCCCUCCUCAGGGAUUUUCUGCCUCGGCUUAUGUCGCACCUUUCUCCGCUCACGCGCAGAGGCCCAUCCGCUCAAGGUCCUUCAAUUCUUCCGUCUCUGCAUCCGUCUCCUCAUCCGCAUCGGCUGGUCUUUCCUUUCCUACGCCCUUUUCUUCUCUCUCUGCGUUGUCGUCUCAGUCUCCUGCGGCUCUUCCGCGUCGCUCCACCCCGCGCUGCAGCGCAAACUCGCCGCGUUUGACGCCUCUUUUCGGUUUCCGGUCCUCUUAUGCGUCUCGCGCCUCGUUUUCUUCUGAUCGCUUCUCUUCCCCCUCGACGACGGCCGCACCAUCGUCAGCGGCCGCGAGGGGAGAGCACGGGCGCGAAGGAGACCAGGCUGCCGAAAAGGAGUUCCUCCGCCGCGUGGAGGCUGCAGCGAGCCGUCUGCGAGAGGAAGCAGAGAAGAAAAGGCGGGAUGCCUCCGAGGCGGAGGAAGAAACGGUCGCCCAACCCCAGGGGGCUGACCGCCACGCUCCGCCCUGCCCCUCCUCUGUAUCCUCGUCUUCGUGGUUGUGUCCGGCGAGCUCUGCGGGAGGCGACGGCCUCAUUGACAAGGGCGUAGAGACGCUACCCGCCGGCCCUGAGUCCACCUUCAUUGAUGUCGGCUUCCGCGUCGAGAAGCUUUCGCACUUUGAGUCUGCCAUGCACCAGCUGCAGUCCACGCUGCUGCUUCUCCUCCACGGAGCUCCUCGCGAAGGCCCGAUGAAGCGCGAGCUGCAGAGAGCUGUCGCCAAGUCCUACCUCGAUAUGGCUAUGCUCGCCCACCAGCACAACAAGCUCGAUGAGGCAGCUGACGCCUACAGGCGCGCGCUGAGUUUCUACGCGGCCGCCGCGCGAGAGGAAAAGGCGCCGGCUGAGGUCGCAGGCAGGGGCGAGGACGGCGAGUCUUCACUGACCGCGCCGCUGGCGUUAGACAUCGCCAACUGCCUCUCUUGUCUUAGCGUCGUCGAGGCAGACCGCGGGAGCGUCGAGAAGGCCCUGGGGUUCCUCGAGAAGUCGAUGCAGUGGAAAGUGGCGCUACUGAACGGCGUGCCCCUCGCGCCUCUCCUCGCGCAGCUGCAGGGUGCGCGGGACCCCCAGCCGGAUGCGCCUUCGCGCGCGGUGGACACGAUCAAGCGCAUCCCUCUGCAGCCCGAGAGUCUGUUUUUUGACACGAUGAACAGUCUCGGUGGGAUCUAUUUGCGGCAGGGCGACGUGCGGAAGAGCGCGCUGGCGCUGCGCUUCGCAGUCGAGUGUCUGUACAGAUUGGGCGAGCUGUACACGGGCCAGCGAUUCGCUCACUUGGGAAGGACGUCGAGCCCUCCGGAGGCAGGCGCGGUUGCAUCGCCGACGCUGGCCGAGUUGUUCGGAGAAGGGCCCUUGGGAGCCAUCGCGUCUGACGCCUCUUCUUCAGAUCUGCCUGGCGCCUCGAUGGCCUCGUCGCUCCCGUCGCCGGCUGCUACUGCGUCUGCCUCUCGGUCUGUUGCGGCGGCAGCCUCGCCCUCUUCAGACGCGCGGGCGCCCUGCACGUUCUCUUACUUUUUGACGGCGCUGUGUGAGCACAUCAACAGCGAGAGACGGGCGCUGUACGAGGAAGCGCGCCGCGCCGUGGAGCGCGAAGAGGAGAAGAAAAAGCAGCUGAGGCGACUGCAGCUGCGGCAGAUGGAGUCUCAAGCGGGAAUCGUGCCUGCGGACCGGGGGCAGGGGUUCGCAGAAGGCGGAGGCGAGAAAGCGCCGCGAGAAGAAGGAAUGGUGGAGAGCGAAGCGCCAGCUCACCCUCAACGCAGCGAAGCGAGCGAGGAGGCAAGAGACGACUUGCGAGGCCUCGCCGUCGCUGCGGAGAAAGAUGCUUCGCAGCGUCCAGCAAGAAGCGUCGCGCGAAGCAGGGCAGAGUCUCUGCUGCCCUAUGGCACGAUUGUGUUCUACAAUCUGGGCCAAAGCCUGUUGUCGCUCGGGCAGCGUCAGCAAGCGCUGGAGGCACUCGAAAAGGCCGAAGCUCUCGCUGAGCUGGCGCAGAAUUCCGACCUCCAGCGUCGCGUCGCCGCCCUCGUCGCGAGUCUGCGACCUGCUUCGCCUCAGGCUUGA